CAACCUAACCAAUAUGUUUGUUCAAGGAGUUUCACUUCAACAUCAAUGGCAGAAUCAUUACUGGGCAUUUUAAAGACCCAACCUUGCUGAUGAAGUUCUACAAAAUUUCUUCUAACAUCUCUCUGUUUCCUUGAAACAGAUGAAAUGGAAAGCAAGGUAACAUACAUUGCCAAUCUCUUGCAAUCAUGUAUAGACAAGAAAAGUCAUAUUACAAACAAGAUACUACAUUGUCAAAUUUUAAGAAAUGGGUUAUUCGGAGAUAUCUUUUUAUCAAACCGUCUAAUCGAAACAUAUUCUGUUUGUAAGAAUCUGGAGUCGGCACAGAAGGUGUUUGAUAAAAUGCCUAGUAGAAAUGUGUAUACCUGGAAUGCUAUGGUUGGUGGAUUAUCAAAAGCUGGUAAAGCAGAAGAUGCAUAUGAUGUUUUUGUGAAAAUGCCUGAGAGAAAUGAUGUUUCGUAUAUUACAGUGAUUGAUGCGCUAGUGAGGAAUGGAUAUGGAGAAAAGGCGCUGGAGUUGUAUGGUUUGAUGAGAAGACAGGGUUUUGUUGCGUCUCAUUUUACGCUUACUAGUGUUUUGAGUGCAUGUGGGAGUUUGGUUGAGGGUGAAGAGGAGGGUAGGAAAUGUCAUGGUUAUGUUAUCAAAGUUGGUCUUAACUGUAAUGUGUAUGUUGAAAAUGCUCUGGUGGGAAUGUAUGCAAAAUGUGGGAGUAUUGUGAAUGCAAUUCGUGCUUUUGAUGAUAUGUCUUAUCCGAAUGAAGUUUCGUUCACUGCUUUGAUGGGUGGACUGGCACAGACAGAUCGAUUUGAUGAGGCACUGGAAAUGUUUGUGAAGAUGCAUAAAAAAGGUAUUCGGAUUGAUCCCAUCGCUUUUUCGAGUAUUAUUGGUAUUUGUGCUAAAAGAGAAUCGUGUUUUCCAAAUGAGAAUUCUGUGUUCUCAUCUCGUAAUUUUUAUGGACAAGGUGUACAUAGUCUUAUAAUGAAAGUUGGGUUUGAAACAAAUCUUCAUGUAGCCAAUUCAUUGAUCGACAUGUAUGCAAAACAUGGAGAUAUGGUAAAUGCUGAGAUGCUUUUCGCUAGUUUGGCAGUAACGAAUGUUGUUUCUUGGAAUGUUCUAAUAGCUGGUUAUGGAUUGCAAGGGAAAGUUGACAAAGCUCUAGAAAUGGUAUUAUUGAUGGGUUGCCAUGGUCUUGAACCAGAUGAGGUCACCUACGUAAAUGCUCUUUCAGCCUGUGUCAAAUCCGGGGACCUUGAAACUGGUCGUCAAAUGUUUGGUAAGUUAUCAAAUCCAAGUAUAACGUCAUGGAAUGCUAUUGUUUCUGGCUAUUCCCAGCUUGGAAACUAUGGGGAGGCAAUCAACUUAUUUAGAGAAAUGCAGUUCUUAAAUACACGACCUGAUCGAACCACCAUAGCCAGUAUUCUCAGUUCGUGCACUGGAAUGGGGCUCCUUGAGUAUGGCAAGCAGGUCCAUGCUUUUUCAAUCAAGCAGAAUCUCCAUGGUGACAUUUUUGUUUCAAGUGGAUUGGUUGAUAUGUACUCGAAAUGUGGUAAUAUUAAGACAGCGAUUUAUAUUUUUAAUAGAAUGCCGGAACGGGAUAUUGUCUGUUGGAAUUCAAUGAUUACUGGCUUGUCUCUCCAUUCUUUUAAUCCGGAAGCUUUUACCAUCUUUAAGCAGAUGCGAAAAAGUGGCAUGAUCCCAACUGAAUUCUCUUAUGCAAGUGUGCUCAACUCCUGCUCUGGAUUGGCUUCUUUAUCUCAAGGGAAACAGGUACAUGCUCAGAUUACAAAAGAUGGAUAUACAAAUAAUAUUUUCGUAGGAAGUGCUCUUAUUGAUGUCUAUUCAAAAUGUGGUGACGUUGAUGGUGCCCGUAUAUUUUUUGAUAACAUGUUAAGUAGAUCUAUUGUUGCUUGGAAUGAAAUGAUUCAUGGGUAUGCACAGAACGGAUAUGGAGAUGAAGCUGUUAAACUCUUUGAAGAUUUAAUUCGAUCCAGCGAGAAACCUGAUUCCAUAACAUACAUUGCAGUUUUAACAGCAUGUAGCCAUUCUGGGUUAGCUGACAUGGGAAUGGAAAUUUUGGAUUCCAUGCAACGAAACGUGGAGCCACUGGUGGGUCAUUACACUUGCGUCAUUGACUGUUUAGGUCGAGCUGGGCGAUUUGUUGAGGCAGAAGUUCUUAUUGAUAAGAUGCCAUAUAAAAAUCAUCCUAUAAUAUGGGAGGUUUUGCUUAGUUCUUGUAGAGUUCAUGCUAAUGUAAAUUUAGCAAGAAGAGCGGCAGAACAACUUUUCAAGCUGGACCCACAAAACUCGGCCCCUUAUGUGCUUUUAUCCAACUUAUAUGCAUCUUUAGGAAGAUGGGAUGAUGCAUCAGCUGUUAGGCAACUAAUGUGUGAACGAGGGAUUGAAAAGAAUCCGGGUUAUAGUUGGAUUGGUUGUCGGAAUGGAGAAAAUGCUUUUAUGUCUGAAGAUGAUCUUAAUUUAGUUACUGAUAUAGUCAGAUGAGUAAAUAACAGGACAGUACUAUCCAGGGAAGUACAAGAAUGUAUCAACAGAUGAAACUUAUACUGCCGGAUGUAGAUAUAUACAAUAAGCGGCAAAACAUCAGCUCUCUUUUUCAAGUCUCCAGGAAUUAUGCAAUUUUCAUAGACUCUGGGCUGUCUUUUCUAAGAAGAUUCAGAGUGUCGCUUGAUUUACUUAACACAAAAUCGCAAGAUAUAUGGGAAUUUCGGUUAAGAGCUUUUGAAUAACUCAGGCAUCUGACAAGUUUGUCUACGGCUGUGCUCCAUCAUUGUCUUCCAGAAAGAUAGCCACAUUCUCUCUUCCAGCUUCGGCAUCAGAUAUAUCUCCAAGAAACUCCUGGAAAAGCAUAUUGAACUAUGGCUGGUCACAGAAGCUCAAGUAUGAUGACAGAUCCUCGUCUUGGAGUUGGUGCGCUAUCGUUUAAGUCUUCCAUGCUGGUUGAAAGUGGGACUCACGCUUACAACCAGGCAAGUAGCAAGGGGCCAAGGGCGAAGAACAAGUCAGCGCAACCAUGUUGACAUCUGGUACACGUUACACAGACCAGUUAGCCAGUCUUCUAUUUUCUCUCAGUGUCAGGCUGAUAGACAUUUGAUCCUCAAACAAUAUAUCAUUUCAAGUUUCAAAUAUUUCUAUAGAAAAACAAAAUAGAAGUAAGAGUUUUGUUUUCCUUGUCAUCUGGCUGUUGUUUCUUGUUCUUUGUUUCUUUGUUUUUGCCAUUUAUACAGCUGGGGACCAAAGAGAAGACCUAAUGAAUGGUCCUGAAUAUACUUCCAUAACGUAUGAAGUACUAGAUAUCAAUACUUAGUGAUACACUGAUACUUGAUGCACAUUCUUAGCAGUGUUCUGUAUUUGAAGAACAUCCAAAAGGCCGUAAAGAAUAGAGGUUACCGGCGGAAUUCCUCAUCUGACAGUCUCUAAAAUCUCUGUAUAUGGAAAUAUGUUGAUGGCACUCAUUCAAGUCUGCACCAGCACCAUAGUUGGAAAGUGUGUUUUGUCAAAUUUCAAGGAAUGAUGAAGAAAGGGGGGUGGAUGGAUGGUAUAGUCAAGGAUGAUGGGUCCUUGGUCUUAUUCUCUCUGAGGUCUGGAGAGGACCAUCAAAAACAACACACAUUUUACAGAGAGAGGGAAGAGAAAGUUUGUUGCAGGAGACAGUAAGUAGCAUGGCAGGGGGGAGUGAGAGAGGAAGGAGGAGAAGAAGAAAUGUCUGAUAAUAUUCUGAAUAGUCCUCAAAUGUUCUCCUUGUGUUGGCAUUGUCUAAUAAAUGCUGCAAAAUGGCAUUCAAUUGAAUGAAGAUUAAAAAAUAAAAAUAAAAAAAAUAAAUGAAAUGAAA